UGAUACAAGGACACCACUGCUGUUGGAAUUACAAAGGACUGCCUACUUGCUCAUGCAUCAAAACACUGGCUGUGCAGUCGUGAAACCGCCCUGUCCUGCUACUACUAAACCCUAGUCUUUGCGAGGACACGGGUACAAUUUUAAUGAUAAACCUGACCUCACCAGUCCGUUUGUAGUUCUGUAGUGUGGGACCUGCGUGCAACACAUACUACUAAUCCCUGGAUCCUCUGAGUAGGACCAUGAUAUCUAGGACGGUGUUGCCAGGGGGAAGGUGGCGCCUGGGACCUGUUGGAAAUGACAGCUGAAGAAGGCGGAUUAAAAAACAGGGAUCUCAAUAGCAGUAAACGUAGAAGAUAGCGAAGAAACUCCCUCGCAUCACUGUGUAAAGGGGUUGUAGAGAUGGAGUCCCUGAUGAGUGCGGUGGCACCACGCUCCCCAGCCCCCGCCAAGAAGCUGUCAGAGGUGGAUUUCCGUUCGGGGGCCACCCUGGAGCAGCUGUCGGCACAGGUGUCUGAGCUGGUACUGCUGGAGCAGGGGGAGUUUGGAGACCAGACUGCCUUAGAGGUCCACACAGCUAAGGACUUUAUCUUUAACAUGCUAGGCUUAGUCCAGAAGGUGGACCAGCGCCUCCCGGUGGCCAACGAGUACCUGCUGCUGUCAGGCGGGGCUCGGGAGGGGGUCUUGGACCUCAACCCUGAGGACCUGGGGGACUAUGCCAAAGGGGCCGAUUUUGACCUGGACUUCACCCUGCUGGUGCCCGCCCUGAAGCUCCAUGAUCGCAACCAGCCCGUCACCCUGGACAUGCGACAUUCCCCACCCUGCCACUCAUGGCUCAGCCUCCGCCUCUGCGACUCAAGCAUCCUGUCCCGAUGGAGCAUAUGCUGCCAGGAGGAGAAUGGACCUCCCACUGAGGAAGAUGAGGAGGAAGAGGGGGAAAUGGGUAAAGGCUCCAUCCCCUCCCUGGGCUCUCCGCAGUCUUUGGAUGGAUGCUACUUCUCUCCCACUCUGGUGACAGACUGGUUCUGGGGGGUGGUGAGCGAGGCUGUAGAGGAGCUGAGGCGUAGCCCCCAGAGAGGCAUCCCCAUCCCAGACCGACUUGAGAGAAAUGGACCCCUCACUACCAUCAUCCUCCAGGCUGGCUCUAGCCGGGUGUUGUACGACCUGCUGCCUGUGGUGUCGUUCCGGGGCUGGCCUGCUGUGGCCCAAGGAUGGCUGACUGCCAACCACUUCUGGGAUGGUAAAAUCACAGAGGAGGAGGCCAUAUCUGGCUUCUAUCUGCUGCCCUGCUGCUCCCCACUGGGUGGGCGGCCCGACAGGGAAUGGAGGCUGGCAUUCUCACGCAGCGAGGUUCAGUUGAAGAAGUGCAUCCCCUUCCCUAUGGCCCAGGCUUUCCAAGCAGCCAAAGCAGUACUGUCUCGUAUCCUGGCUCGUCCUCGUACAGGUCUCAGCCUCUAUCACCUACGAACCCUUCUCUUCUGGGCCUGUGACCGACUUCCUGCUGCCUACCUGUCCUGCCCCGACGCCGACACCCCUGGUCGCCUCCUCCUGGGUCUCCUGGAUGACCUGGCUCAUUGCAUCCUAGGUAAAAACUGCCCAAACUACUUCUUGCCCCAGUGCAACAUGCUGGAGCACCUGACUGACAGCCAGGCGCUGUUGGUCGCCAGGAAACUUGCCCAUGUGCGCUCAGAUCCCAGCGAGCACCUCCGGGCGGCUCUGGACCAAGCCCAGCAGGCAGGCCAGCUGAAGAAGGAGCUAACAGCUAGCACCAAUGGCCACAGCUCCCCUGGGCAUCAGCCAGCCAAUGGCAUCAUUUCGCCUUCGGAGGACAAGUUGGCGCAGCGACUGCAGCAGCUGGUCACAGAGAACCCUGGGAAAUCCAUAUCUGUCUUCCUGAAUCCUGAUGAUGUCACCAGACCGCACUUCCGUAUCGAUGACAAGUUCUACUGAGGAAGUAUAUGCUGCAGACAAGACGUGCGGAAAUGUGUGUGUUUAGCUUACAAACGCACUCUGAAAAUGCUCUGAGACGUCACAUCAGAGGGGACAGAGACUGAUAUCAGGCAGGUGUUUUUCUUUUGAAAACAGCUGUCCUGAAACUGAGCACACUCCUCCUCUUCACCACCCUGAGGCUGAACAAAGCCUUGCUGCUUGACAGACUAUUUAAACCAAAAACACACAUGUCCUACUACUGACAAAUAACGUCCACUUUAGUGGGCAUCGCACAAAAGACAUGAUGUCACCAAGCUGUUGCCACGGAGACGGCCCUCUCCUAACGAGCUGGCCUUAACGAGACUUAUCAGCUGGUGCUACAAAGACAAGGGCCGGCUUUAGUCAUGUGAAAUAAGUCCAAUGGAGAUCAACACGGAGAGUAUGCCUCUGUUAGUGUGUGUGUGUGUGUGUGUGUGUGUGUGUGGGUGUGGGUGUGGGUGUGUGUAUAUGUAUAUGUGUAUAUAUAUAUAUAUGUAUGUGUGUAUGUGCACAUUUCACAUAUUACUUACACUUCUAAAGACAGAGGGAGAAAAGCUCCAUGAUUGCUGCAUUUCUCUCCUUUUUAUUUCAGAUCAGAGUGGCCUAUGGCUGAAUUAGAAAGGAAAAACAAGGUGUGGCUGAUGUAACUGAAUGUAAUGUUUUGAGGAGAACCACCGAGUCUUUGAACAAAGUCUCUUCUCUCUUUCAACUAUAGUUUAGCUCCUUUUUUGACCCCCACGCCUCAAUUAAUGCCAUCUUUAUCACUUUUUUUUUUUAGUCUUUCUCAGGUAUUCAUAAUACUUAUCAUUUUUUAUGUAUAUAAUUCCAUUUUAAGGUCUUUAACUAUAUUUCAAUGCCGCUUACAUUUCAUUAGGUAAAUGAAUGUACCAAAGAGCUAUGUUUGAGCAGUUUUACAAAGAGAAACAUGCAUCUUACAUAUCCCUAAACAUCUUAUUUUGAUGAAUCUACUGAAUCAUGGUCAGAGCGUUAAUUUGCCUUUUCUCCUCCGAAAGGCCCGGUCACACUGGCAUUUAAAAGAGUGAAGUUUAGUGGCACAAUCAGUCCAUGCCAAUGGAAUUGUUGUGAUAAGUGGAUUUCGAUCUUUAUUAUUUUCUGUUACCAACUGACCUAAUGAGCUUUCUAAUUGACAGUAUUCAAGCUCUUAGCAAGCUUGUUUUUUUUCCCCCUUUUCAGUGUUUGUAUUGAGAUUAUGUACAAUCUUGAGAAGAAAAUACCAGGAGGAGUAAGCGGCCUAGUACAGAGCUCAUUGGACUUCCUGACACUGGCCUCUCCUGGCUUGCUAGCCAGCUACAGUAGUUCACCAACUGUGGAUAAUCACUACCAGAGCUACAACAAUUAGUAGACUAAUUAUGUACUAAAAAUUAAUUCCCAACUAUUUUGAUAAUUGAUUUUUUCCUUUUCAAGGAAAAUAUGCUACCUUAUCAAACUAUGAUGAUUUGAUGCUUUUAUUUAGUCAUACAUGAUAGUAAAUCAAAUACUGAUUAAAAACAAGCUAUUUCAAAGGCUCCUGGAUAAAAUAAUGGCCAUUUUUACAGUUUUCUGGACUUUUACAGACAAAAAGUAAACAAUGAAAAAUAUCAGUUGCAGCCCUAAUCACUAGGUCCCCAAGCUUCUAGAACCACUUCUUGCGCAUACAGACACGGAGCCACUUUCUGGUGUGACCUGGCCUUGUGAACCGGUUAAGACUGAAGAGAUGGGGAGGUAAAUGAAUUACAAUGAUUAAUUAUAAGAGAAUAGAAUGGUUUGCUGAUUCUGUGGAUGUAAGAGAGCAUUUGAGAGAUCCUUGAAACUUCAGGUUAGAGUUUUGUUUUCCUACCUGAGCAGACAUUCUGUGUUAUGGUAGGCCCUUUAUAAGGGAUUAAAACAUUUCAAACCCUGUAUGUGGAGAUAUGAGGAAUCAAAUUAGCAGCAGUUUAUCAAGUAAAAAAAGGUCUGGGUUGAGCAAAGAGACAGGUACAGAAUAGCUGUUGAGUCAGGGCCUUUUGGUCUAUUCAUCCACAACUAAGUCAAGGUACUUGACCUUCAAAACAUCCCACAAAGGGUCCAGUAUGUCUAACCUCUUGUUUCACAUCGUGUGAACGUGUCUAUUAACUUUCCGUUGAAGAAAGUUACAGUUUUGUGUGUGUCAUUUGAUUUUCUUGGAGACUUGUUCUGACUCGACUGAUUCUGAUAAUUUUCCUGUCUCCUCUGCUUGGUUGGUCUUUUUUAAUGAGCUCUGUUUUGUGUGUGUGCAUGUGUGCGCGCGCGUGCGUUUGUGUGGGUGCGCACGUGGGUGCGUCAGUUUUGGUGUGUAUUCACUAAGAGAAGAAACAUGCAGCAAGAUGCAAACAGACGCCCAGAUGCUGCCCAUUAAAUUAUCCCCUCAGUGGGUGUGUUUUAGUUGCUGGGCCCUAUCGUUUCUCAACAGACAGAAGCUAUCCACUGGGGGGCGGAGGGAUGGAUGGAGGAUGGAUUGAUAGAGGGAGAUGGGCCCUUCUCUCAUCCUUUUGAAGACAUCUGAAGUGGGAGAAUUGGCCUUGCGGGGCCUGGACAGUUUCCUCCCAUUGGGACUCAUGCUGUUUCUCUCUGCCGAUUUCUUUUUUUUCUCUGCUGAUUUCUUUCUUUCUCUGAUUUUCUCUCCAUCUCAUAGCUCUUUUAUUCCUUCUUCCUCUCUCAUCCCAUCUGCAUUUCUCCACAGAGGGUUGGCAUUUUUACUUCUUUUAGUACUGAAGGUCAAGAGCCACAAAAAAGCUCUACAACUUGGUACUACUCCAGCCUUAUGUUUUACACUGUUAGCAACCACAUCGCUGCAGUGCCACUCAGCUGAUUCGAUUACAAGCUGUACAGCCAGUAAAUGGUGAAGUGGCAACAGCAAGCAUAACCAGACAAGCAGUAACUUUCUCCGCUCCACGUACAUUAGUUUUACUUGCAUUACAUCAAUUAAUUUGAGAUGUAAAGUCAUCCGAACCAUAUCUGAAAACAAACUGAUAGGUUAACUUGGAUUAAAUUGGGUUUACCAAGCACUAAAUUGCUGCUUCCAAUCUUGGUGUAUAGGCAGGGCACAAAACGCUACAAGCACAUGAUCAGUUUCAGUUGAGUUUACAUAAAUAUUAAGGUGAUUGGGGUUAAUUCAGUUGAUCUGUAUGCUACUAGUAGAAUGUUUUUCCUUCAGACAAGUGUAUGAACAUUUUAUGAUACUUGUGUUACACUGUCAGCUCAGCUUCAGUCUGAGUACUGAAUGAUUUUUUUAUAGCAUCUGUCUGUACUGCUGGUGCGCGUGUGUGUGUGUGUGUGUGUGUGUGUGUGUGUGUGUGUGUGUGAGAGAGAGUGAGAGAGUGUGUGUGUGUGAGAGUGAGUGAGUGAGUGAGUGAGAGUACGAAUCGAAACUGGGGAAAAACCAAAGUGUGAUGUUGAGGUGGAACUGAAUGUCUAAGCUGGGUGUGUGUUCAGCUACCAGGUGUCAGAGGAUUGAGUGGUGUUUUCAGCACUUUGUCCAGGAUGGGCCCGAUUGUUGUUAUCCAAACUGUACAAGUGUUAAAAAGUCAUAAGGAAAAUCACAGCAUUUAUUUAUUGGAAAGUAUAGUUAAUGUAAAGGUACUUUCUCACUGCCCUCUUUUGUGUCUGACUGAGAGUGCUGGAAGUGUAAAAUGUGUCAAGUGUGUGUCUCACUUUGUACCUUAAUGGGUCUAGUUAGAGAUUACUAGACACUGGAAACAAUCAAUGUUUUUCUUGAACUGCACACAUGAAAUCGUUGUGGAUAGUCUCAAAUCCUUUAUUUUACAAUGGUGACAGUUUAUAGAUAUGCAAUUAAACCCCCUGUGGAAAGGCCUCUCAUUUACAACGCCUUCUCUAAUUAUACUUCAGUGUAGAUUUACUGUAGUUGUGAAAGGGUCAAUCACUAUCUGUUGUCCAGGGAUCGCAUGAAACACAGACGCCACUCCCAAACAUCAAUAUUCACUCAGCUACUCUGUGGAUAAUUAUUACUGUUUUUUUUGUGCUGAAAAGUUUUGAUGAUUCUAUUGUAGAUUCGUUCAACUGCUGUGGAUAAAUAUCAGACUAAAUACAAUGAAUGUAUCCACUUUAUCUCCUCCAUCUGUUCCCGACUUGAGAACAGUCAGCUCUUAACUUUUCAUCCUGAUGUACUCAAGUGCUAAGAUAAACAUCUGUACUGGAUCACUCCACGGUCUGAGAAAUUGAAUUUCAUAUCUCUUUUAUUAUGUGUGUGUUCCUUUUUUUU